GACCAAGUAAAUGUUGAUUACAUUGAAGACGCGCGGGAAGAUAACUAUGAGAUUACAAAAAUAUGCCUUGCUGAUAUUUUAUCGACAAUCGAACAAGAUCAAAUUAUUGAAAUUUGGAGAGUAGUCAUUUCUUGUGGAUCUAAAAAUAACUAUGUUGUAUUGUUGGCAAAAUGGCAUAUAGGACUUAUCGCAGCACGUUGGUAUAAAGACAAUUUCACUGAUAUUUGGCAACAACCUCCAAUCACUAUAUGCGCAAAUUCAGACCAAGUCCAAGGCCAAGGUGGUGUUGAAUAUCCGAUGUACAAAUUUGAUUACAUAAAACAAGUCCGAAGCGCUGAAGUUUACAGUGAAGCAUUGAAAGAAGUUAAUAAUACACGACAGAAGUAUGAUAUAAUGACAGAUGAUAUUGAAUGCAAUAUUAAGAAUCCUGUUAUUAGCACAUGA